AAUGAAACGGCGUACAUUGAUGCGACCACCUCAUAUAUCAUCAGAGGACAUUAAUACUGAUGACAACAAAACACCAAAGAAGACUGGUGUACAGGCAAAGAAAGGAAAGCAGGUUGAAGAGAAAAGUCGCAGAUGUCGAAUUUUGAUCAAAGUGUUCCAAGUUCUAUUUCUCAUAGUUAUUGUCCCUCCAUUGUUGAACUAUGCAUCUUUACAGAAAGAAAUCAAGGAACUAAAACCUACACCAGGAGAACUUUAUGAUGUUGGUUGGGGACAGAAGAUGUUUAAAAUGUGUCAGGGGAAGGGUCCUCCCACAGUGAUAUUUGAUGCACCUGGAGGACAGACGUCCGAUGUAUGGGCAUUAAUCUGGCCAAACGUGGCUAAGAAUGCUAGGGUCUGUGUGUAUGAUCGGGCUGGUUUGGGAUUCAGCGAGAGGCCAUUAAUUAAUGUGACGGACCAAGAUGGGAAAGAUUCUAAAAACAAUUACAGAAACAGAUGGCAGCCUUUUACUGUAGAAAGAAUGGCUGAUGACCUUAAUCAUCUGUUGACCGUUAGCAGCCAGGAGCCCCAGCCAUUCAUCUUUGUGGGGGCUGAAUUGGGAGCAUUGGUCGCUCAGUUCUACUCACAGAUGUUUGAAAAUCAAAUAUUAGGUAUGGUUCUUAUCAAUCCUCUCUCCGAUGACCUGUUUGAACAAGACAGCGGGGCAUGGAACCAGUACUGGUACGGUCAGAUGGUACCUAUGUUCCAAAGUCUACAACUUGGGGCAGCACUUGGACUCACACGGCUAGCACUACUCCUUGGGUUCCUACAUCAGCCGCUGUUUGAUUCAGAGUUACCUGAAGAUGUUAAAUAUCGACAGAAACAUCUGCUAUGUCAUCCCAAACACCUAAGCUCUGUGGUAGAUGAACAUCAUUUCAUCAAUGAGUCAUUUUCUCAGCUAAGAACUGUCCGGAUGAUUAAAAAAUUACCUGGUAAUAUUUCUGUCACAAUUAUAAGUGGAAAUUACUAUGAUGGACAGAUGCCAAGUUACUUAAAUAAGGCUUGGGCAAAGUCAGAGCAGAUUUUACUGACGAAACAUUACCCAAACUCGAAACACAUAGUGAUAAACAGUGCUGACCGCCACAUGUUGUAUAACAAUCCCUCCAGCGUCACAGAGCCCAUCAACAGAAUAGUUCGACAGUGGAAGAGCAAAAUAAAAGUAAACAAAAAAUCCUAAAUCGCUUUGUACCUGUCUGUUCAU